AUAGAGGCUGCAAAGCAACCAAUACUCCGCGAAUCUGAUUGUUGUCCUGAAUUGUGAAUAUUAUCAUUGAACCUCAGUGUAUAUAAUGUAGAAUUGAUUAAGGAAUUGCAUAGCAGCAAAAAAGAGUAUCAUCAUCUGAAUACUUUUUACGCAUUUCUUUGUUUUCGUUCCAAACAACGCUGCAAUAUAACUAAAUGGAAAACAUUUUGAAUUAGAAAAGUGUAAAACUGUCUGCGGUUCAUGAUGGGUAUCAUAAUCAAGCUGUUACGUAACAUGAAAAUACCACGCUGGUCUACGGUCCUGCCCGUGCUUUUCUACUUGCUUUUCAUCACCUGUAUAUUGUUGAUAGCGUUUCCCAUAGGCACAACUAAAACGUCGAAAAAGGCAAAUAAGGUUGAACAAGAUAGUUUGAAUUCGGCAAUGCAUCACGUUGACAAAAAUGUGCUACUGGAAUUAACCGGCGCGUUUAACAAAGCUGAUACGAAUAAUGAUAAACAUCUAACAAUGCAAGAGCUUGCUAAAUACAUAAAUUAUAAAAUACGGGACCAUAUCGAUAAUGCAAUACGCAACAAUCCAACCACAUUUGUUGAAAUCGACCAAAAACCACGAGAUGGAUUAGUUAGUUGGGAUGAAUAUCAAACCUAUGCCAUGAGACAAAAAGGUCUAAAAGAAAAGCAUCCUCAAAAUUCACCGUUCGAUACAUUGGACCGAAAUGUAAAGGAAUCCGUUGUGCGAGAAAAAGCUCUAUGGAUGGAAGCAGCACGCACUGAUCCUCUAAGUUUAACACUGGAUGAAUUUCUAUCAUUCCGACAUCCGGAAUCUAGUACAGUUAAUCUUCUCAAUCUGGUAGACGAGAUCCUGCGCCAGUUCGAUCUGGACGGAGAUGAUCGACUAACGGAAAGCGAGUUUACCGACGUUUUACCGGUCGGGUUCGCCGAUGCUACAAACCGCAAGUUCAUUCUAUCGCGAAGUGAACGGGAACGAAGGGAAGAGUUCAACAAAAUUAUUGAUAAAAACAAAGACGGAAAGGCUGACCGUGGUGAACUUCUGUCUUAUGUGGAUCCACGCCAUCCAAGAUAUGCCAUUCAAGAAGCUUCCACUCUAUUUAGCUUGGCUGACAAAAAUGGUGAUAGAGUGCUAACAUUGCAAGAGAUUCUGUCCAAGUCAACCAUUUUCAUAUCUUCGAAAAUGAUAAACACUGCUGAAAGCUUCCAUGACGAGUUUUGAAGCCAAUAAUUCUGUACAACAG